AUGGGGAGGGUUGCUGUCUCGGGAGUUACGGAGACUCCGGAAGACGAGCUGGAGGAAAGUAACGUUGAGGAUUCGUCGGUUGAUGACGAGCUUGAGGCGGUGCUGGUGGUCGUUUCGCUGGUCGACCCAGAAUUUAGGGAGGAGCUAGAGGACGUAGCGGUACUAGAGCUAGAAGUCGACGAGCUUGAAGUGGUGCUAGUGGUAGUUUCGCUUGUCGACGUGGAAAGUAAAGUGGAACUAGAGGACGAAGCGCUGCUGGAGCUGGAGCUGGAGGAGCUAGAGCUGGAAGUCGGAGAGCUGGCAGAGGACGAAACAUAUGAGUACUGUGAGCAACAGUCGCCGUACUUCCCACCUGAGCAGGUCAUUCCCGCUGGCGACGCUCCAUACAGGUUGCCACAGCGAGCAUUGGUAGUGACCUUGACCUUUGCCGGGGUAGCAGAAGGUGCUGUCGACGAAGCUGUUCGUGUCGAGGUCGAGGUACUGACGCGGCUAGAUGUUGUCGACGUACGCGCUGGUGCGACGACGCCAUUGCAAGUACCAAACGACGACUGA